AUUCGAGGAUGAUAUGAACCUGCUGGAUGGACAGGGGGCAGACCCAGCACAGGAUGAGAACAGACUGUGGCUCAGACCAGGAGGCUGCUCCCCAGAGGGGCCAAAGGGAACCAGAAGCUGCUGUUGCUGUUGACCAAAACAGCACUAACUCAGCGGUCUGUGCUGUGUGCUUUCUGUGUGCCAGGCACUGAGGUGAGCGUCUUUCUAACCUCAUUAAUUCUCACCCCCAUGAGAAAUGCAUUAUCAUGUUGGUCCCCAGAGAGAACACAGGGAGCUCUGAAGUUCAGAGAUGGAAACAAUUUGCCCAAAUUCACCUGCAUCAAAAUGGGGCAGAGGAUGGAGCUUGAACCCAGGCCUAUGGAUGACAGAGCUGAGUCCUUUCUCAAAGUCAGUGGCCAAACCUAGUACCCGCCUUGGUCGUCUCAUCCCUCAUGACUUGAAGCCCCCUUGAAACCUCCUCCUCCCCCCAGGCUGAAUUACUCACAUUUCCCCGCUUCUACCAGGCCUAUUUUACUUCCCUGCUAUCCCACAUGUGACAUUCUGUGCAAAAAAUGGCCUUCUACCUUUGGCCCCUUCUCUAAGAAAAUUUUCACCCAUUCUCUAAAACUGAGCGCUGGCACAACCUCCUUUGGGCAAACUUCCUGAACUGCCCUGCCCCUGGGCUGGGUGAAUGGCCCCUCCAUUCCCCUUGCCCACCCACUCCCCUAAUAACCUGCACUGCCCCUGCCUGGGCCUCCCUCUUUAAGGGCUGGGUGCAGUCUGCAGCCCCACCCUGGCACAUGGCCUGGCCCCGAGCCAUCAGUGAGUGUGAGUAGUUGGUGAAUGAAUGCAGAACCCAGUCCAGUCGUGGGUUAAAGUGGGAGCCCAGGGAGGGGCUGGGGCUCUGACGAUUCCCUGGACUGAUCUCUUAUCUGCCAGGGCGGUCUUGAGCCUUAUCUGAUUAGGACUGAAUUGACCAGCAAGCAGCUGAGAUGCUCAUCAAGACUCCUGAGUUACUCAGUAACCCUGCCCCUUUAAAAGUCCCACUGUUUCCCCCUGGCAUCCAGAACCAGUCACUCUUCUCUCUUGGGUGCUGCUGCCAUGAACACCUUCCUGCUGUCCGCCCUGUGCCUCCUUGGAGCCUGGGCCACCCUGACAGGAGGAGUCAUCGUGAAGGAUGGAGACUUCUCCUUUUCUCUGGAGUCGGUGAAGAAGCUCAAGGACCUCCAGGAGAUCCAGGAGCCUAGAAUCCCUAGAAAUCCUGUUGGACCCAUCGCCUCCAACCUUUGUAGCUUGCCUACUUUUCCCGAAGAACUCAAGCCUCUUUGCAAGGAGCCCAACGCCCAGGAGAUCCUGGACAGGCUGGGGGCCAUCGCAGCGGAUCCAAGCACGUGUGAGAUCUGUGCCUACGCGGCUUGUGCUGGAUGCUAGAACAGAUGGUACUCUCUGCCUCCUGUCCCUCCCUCGCAGGGCGCUCCUCCUCCUCCUCACAGCUCAACCUACCCCGAAUGCAGGAGUGAGGAGAGAGCAGCCUGAGGGGUGCCCAGCCCCUGCCCCCACCGGAGCUGCUGUGCUUCCCAAGAUCCAUGCCCACCCGCGGCUAAUAAACCAGAUUCCAGAGCCC